AUGACCCACCAGAUCUUCAUUGUUUUGGGUAUGGCUGGUAGUGGAAAGACUACUUUCUGCCAUCGUUUAUACUCUUGGUUGUCCGAAAAGUCAUUACGUUUAGAUAAUAGCACUGGUUUGAACAAUGCAGUCUUUGGAGUAAAUUUAGAUCCAGCCGUUUUAACUUCUAAAAUGCCUUUACAUUAUGAUAUUCGUGACGUCAUUGCAAUUGAAGAGUUAAUGACUAAAAAGAAACUAGGACCUAAUGGGGCUAUUCUAGCCGUACUUAAUUUAUUCAUAACUCAAAUAGAUAAGUUUAUGACUGAGAUAGAUAAGGUUAAACCAGACUUUACUAUAAUAGAUACACCAGGCCAAAUAGAAAUGUUUACUACUUCAGUUUCUGGUCAAAUUCUCACUAAAUGUCUAUCUGCUACUCCAGAUACUAAAGUUCAUUUACUCUAUGUAGUAGAUGGAGAAAAAGCACAAUAUCCUCAAUGCUUUAUUAGUAAUAUGUUAUUUGCUGCUUCUAUUCAAUGCCACUUAAAAGAGUCUUUAUUACUAGUCGUUAAUAAGGCAGACUUACCAGGAGCUGAAGCCUUACAAGCCUGGACACAAGAUAUGGACUUAUUUACACAAGAUUUAUCCCAAGAAGAGUACAUUACUCCAACAAUUAGAUCAAUGGCUCUUUGGCUAGAAGAAUUCUAUCAAACUUUACCUUUCUGUCCCGUUUCAGCUACUACCGGCAUGGGCAAGGCUAAGUUCUUCUCUCUACUCCAAACCCCAUCCUCAUCUACUCCAUCUACUCCAUCUACCACCUCACCCAAGCAAAUACAAGACGAUCUUGCCGCCAUAAGAAUUUCAAAAACAACCAGUACGCUAUCUAAUACGCUUGAAAACAAUCCAACCCAAUCAAACACUAAUUCAACUUAA